ACUAUGGUGGUGUACUUUGUCAAAAGCCUUAGAAAAAUCUAGUAAGAUAGCAUCUAUUUGUUCACUAUUAUCUAAACCUUUUGAAAAAUCAUCAAUUAGUCCUAUUAGUUGUGUUUCACAUGAUCUAUAUUUCCUAAAGCCAUGUUGGUAUGGUGUGAGGACAUUAUGUUUGUCUAAGUGGUUUAUGAUGUUGCUACAAAUUAUGUGUUCUAGGAUUUUACAUGUGAUGCUGGCUUAAGGAGUCAAACUUGAUUUGGGUCUAUGUCAUCACAUCUAAAGGAUUUCUAAAACUGCUUGUGUAUUGCUCUAGAACUAAUCAUGCAUUGGUGGACAAUGGCUGUAAACUGUUAGGUAGUCAUGGCAACUGACAACUUACAUGUUUCAUGUGAUAUUCAGAUUCACUCCACGGCUAAACAUCAUGGGCUGCAGCAUCCCCAGCAAAUUAUUUCAGCCCCCCAACAACUGAGCAUUUAUGAACCACACUAUCUUCCUGCUGGCAGUAUCAAGCUGUCCCCUGCUAAUGCCUUGUUUGAGGUUAAUGGUAACUAUGCAGAGAAUCCUGAGUUGAGAAUGCCAGGACAGGUGUGUCAAUGCAGCACAGAAGAUGGUGUCACCUUUGAUGACAAUUUGUCUCCAGAUGUCUUGAAAAAUGAUAGUGGCUUACCUUAUGUUGUCACUGAUGGGGCACUGAGAUCACUGUCAUGUCACAAGUGUCAUUCAGUCAGACCAAUUGGCACUAUAGGGGCAGAUGAUCUACACAAUUUAGUAUUUAGGAAAUAUAAAGGCUCCAGUGGUGGAAGUUUUGAUGGCUCAUUAGAGAAAAUAGAUGAAGACCCAGUGGGUCUCUCUAGUUAUCCACCUCAUAUGCUUGAGCGCAGCUUAUCUUAUUCUAGUGUUGAAAAAACUCUUUCUCAGCUGACUUCCUCCCAACUUAGAACUAAUGACAGUUGUGUUGCAAACUGUGUGGGAGGAGAUUCUGUGUGUCCUUCAGUCUCAGCCCAGACAUGUGUCUCAAGCACUUUACCUGAGAUGAGUGAGACAAGUUCAGAAGAUGUGAACCAACAAGUAGAGGAGCUAGAUCAGUCUCAGAAUGCAUCUAUAUCAACCAGUGGAAUGAAAAACUUAAUGUCUGACAAACUGUCUCUAGAUGAUUUGUCAGCCUCUUCCAGGCCUUUAGACUCCAAAUCUUUGUGUCUUCCUUUGCCUCUUCGCUUUCUGAAAAGCUCAGGCUCUGCGUUGUUGCUACAGAAAGAUCAAAGUCAUGUGGACAAAACCUUGGCUGUUGUGCAGCGGAAUAAAGGUCGACCUCCCCCAAGACAGUCUUGGUUGCUACGUCUGUUUGAGUCCAAAAUGUUUGAUAUGAACAUUGCUAUAACAUACCUGUAUAAUUCAAAAGAACCUGGAGUUCAGACAUAUAUAGGUAACAGAAUGUUCAGUUUUGAUGACAAUGAUGUUGACUUCUACCUUCCUCAACUCCUGAACAUGUACAUACAUAUGCAUGAUGUGGCAGAGGCUAUUCACCCAUAUCUAGUCCACAGGUGUAGAAACUCCAUUGAAUUUUCAGUCAAUUGUGCCUGGCUUCUUGAUGCCUACUCUGCAGACACACUGAAACCUAAUUGGAAGAAUUCUCAAGGGAUCAAGUUACGGGACAUGAUUUUAAAUGAACAGCUAAGGCCUCAAGUUCAAAGUCCUACAGGUAAUGCUAAGUCACCAAUGUCCCAGAAUGCACCAUUGCGUUACUCAUCACCACAGCCACUUAGCAUGGCAGCAUUUAAUCUGAGUGGCAGCCAAACUUCAGCUGCAUUAGCUUUACUGUCAACCACACCUCAGCUCAGCCAGGCAGUAGCUAGCACUGUGGUCAAGAAAACUCAUCAACGGUCAAGGUCAGAAGCCACAGGUAUCUUGAUAAAACACAGUGAGACCACACCUUCAAUGGCUGUACCCAGUGCUCAUGUAGUUGGAGACCUCUCUACUGGAAGGGCUUUUGACAAUGGCUGUCAGUGUCAUCUACAGUCAGAGGCUGUUUUCAAUCAUUUAAAAGGAAGAGAUACUAACUGUCAUUGCGAUGCUCCAAGGCUUUUGCCCCAAGAAGAAUUUAUCAAGGCUUUAUUAAACAUUGGUCACAAGUUGCAGCUGUUGCCAACUAAAGAACAUAGAACAUCUCAGUUAAUAGCUGAACUGGCCUUGUUGAACUUGAACUUGCCUGCUCGAGUGUGGCUGCCUAUAUCACAUUCCAGGAAUCAUCACAUUGCUCGCAUACCUCACACUCAGGCUGUUGUGUUGAACUCCAAAGAAAAGGCUCCAUUCAUGAUUUAUGUGGAGGUUCUCAAAUGUGAUAACACAACCACAAGUCAGCUUCCUCAUAAAAUAUUGGAGAACACUCUGCGCUUCACUCGCUCUGAGGAAGACCUGACUCAGCUUGUCCUUCAGACCACUGCUGCUGCUGCAACUCGUGCUGAGUUUAGUGUGUAUGGUUCAUGUCAUGACUUCGAUGAUGCAGACUGCUGGUCUCAGGAAGAUGAUGACAUCAUAGCACUGGCCAAUCGCUGUCGAUCAAGUGACACCAUAUCCCAGCUGUCUACAGAGAGUUCUACCAGUGCUGACAGCAAGGAUCCUGUCGUCUAUAUUGCUGCUGGUGACAUAAGAAGACGUCUUUCUGAAAAUUUGGCUGCUCCUAAAAAGAAAUUUGAGAGAGACCCUGAUGACCCAUCUGCUGCUGUGCUUAAAGAACCCUGGGAAGACAAAGUGACUCGUAUACGAGAGUCCUCACCAUAUGGACAUUUGCCUAAUUGGCAACUGAUGGCAGCCAUUGUGAAAGUUGGAGAUGACCUUAGACAAGAGUUGUUAGUGUACCAAGUUCUCAGGAGACUUCAGAUGUUUUGGAUUGAGGAACAUUUACCUCUGUGGAUAAAGCCCUGUAAGAUAGUUGUUACCUCCAGAGACAGUGGAAUGAUAGAACCUGUCCUGAAUGCUGUCUCACUCCAUCAGAUCAAGAAACACAGCAAGCUAUCUCUCCUGGACUACUUCAUUCAUGAAUUUGGACCAAUCACCAGCGAGGAGUUUCUCACAGCCCAGAAAAACUUUGUCCAGAGUUGUGCUGGCUAUUGCUUGGUCUGCUACCUUCUUCAGCUAAAGGACAGGCACAAUGGCAAUAUUUUAUUAGACUCUGAUGGACAUAUCAUUCACAUUGACUUUGGAUUUAUCUUGUCCAACUCGCCAGGGAAAAACUUAGGAUUUGAGAACUCUCCUUUUAAACUAACACAUGAGUUUGUGGAGGUGAUGGGAGGUUUAGGAAGUGACAUGUUUGAAUAUUUUAAAAUUUUACUACUGCAAGGCUUUGUGGCUUCAAGGAAACACAUGGACAAGAUUUUACCUCUAGUGGAGAUCAUGCAAACAGGUUCUCAACUUCCAUGUUUCAAUAAAGGUAUCAGUGCAAUCAGAGCAUUUAAAGACAGGUUUCACAUGAGUUCUACAGAAGAGCAGCUUCAGCUUAUUGUGGAUGGUCUUGUGGAAGCCAGCUUGCAUUCACUUACUACUAAAUUGUAUGAUAAUUUCCAAUACUUUACUAAUGGUAUUCUUUAACUGACAAGUUAACUUGUAUGUAAAUAUGAACUAAGUGCGAUUUUAAGGUUUUGUUGCCAGGUCUACAGCUGUACCAUUAAACUAAAUUUAACUCUGAAAUUCUAAAUCUUAUUUUAUAAAAGAGACACCUCAUUGAUGCUGUGCUUAGUCUUGUUAUUUGUUUGCAUUUUAUUGUCAUUGAAUAAAAAAAUGUGCAUAAAACCAA